UCCCUCACAACUUCCUCGGCUCUUGCUCUUGAUUAGCCACUCCGUGUGACCGGAGCUCUCCUCCCGCUGACUGGUCGCUGUCACACAGCCACCAUGUUAUCUCAUUCCCGGUGUCUCACCAGGAAUUUCGGCCGUUCCCUCUCUGCCAUCCGCCAGGGGAAUAAUUUGUUAGCUCGUCGGGCCACAUCAGCUCUGUCAGCAAGCCAUGCCAUCACUCUCAACAGUGUUAAAUGUGAUCCCCGGUCCAGCGUCUUCCACAUCCAGUACUUCAGGACAUCUGCGCCCUACAGGGAUGAACUUGUCACAGUCAAGACCCCUGCGUUUGCAGAAUCUGUCACAGAGGGGGAUGUGAGGUGGGAGAAAGCUGUUGGAGACACUGUCGCAGAGGAUGAGGUUGUGUGUGAAAUUGAGACUGAUAAGACAUCAGUGCAGGUUCCCUCUCCUGCCGCUGGGGUGAUUGAGGAGCUUCUGGUCCCUGAUGGAGGCAGAGUAGAGGGAGGAACUCCUCUCUUCAAGCUUCGGAAAGGAGCCGGAGCCCCCAAAGCUGCAGAGGCUCCAAAAGCCGAGGCCCCUGCUGCUGCGGCCCCUCCACCACCUUCUGCUGCCCCGCCUCCCCCUCCUCCUCCUCCUGCUCCCGCGGCUGUGGGCCCCAUUCCCACUACCAUGCCCCCUGUGCCACCUGUGCCAGCACAUGCUAUGGACACCAAACCAGUUUCAGCCAUCAAGCCCACUGCUGCUCCGGCUGCCCCAGUGGCUCAGGCAGAGGGAGGGGCUAAAGCGGCCAGGACAGAGAGCAGGGUAAAGAUGAACCGCAUGAGACUUAGAAUCGCCCAGAGACUGAAGGAAGCCCAGAACACCUGCGCAAUGUUGACCACUUUUAAUGAGGUCGACAUGAGCAACAUCUCAGAGAUGAGGAAGUCUUACAAAGAUGCCUUCCUGAAAAAGCACAACAUCAAGUUGGGCUUCAUGUCUGCAUUUGUGAAGGCUGCAGCCUACGCACUGGUUGACCAACCUGCUGUCAAUGCUGUUAUUGAUGACACAACGAAAGAAAUUGUGUACAGGGACUAUGUUGACAUCAGUGUAGCUGUGGCCACACCAAAGGGUCUGGUGGUUCCUGUAAUUCGAGGAGUAGAGGCAAUGAACUUCGCUGACAUUGAGAAAGCAAUCAAUAUGUUGGGAGAAAAGGCCCGUAAGAACGAGCUGGCUGUUGAGGACAUGGACGGAGGAACCUUUACCAUCAGCAAUGGUGGAGUGUUUGGGUCCAUGUUUGGCACACCUAUAAUCAACCCCCCACAGUCUGCUAUUUUGGGCAUGCAUGGCAUCUUUGAUAGGCCUGUUGCUGUAGGGGGCAAGGUGGAGAUCCGUCCCAUGAUGUACGUUGCCCUGACGUACGAUCAUCGCCUGAUCGACGGGAGAGAGGCUGUCACUUUCCUGCGCAAGAUCAAGUCAGUAGUGGAAGACCCCAGAGUGCUGCUCCUGGACAUGUGAACCCUGUCGACCUCCAGGCCCCAACAAACAAACCGCCCUUCACACACAGUGGCCGUGCCCUCCUGAUGAACAUUACUGUAACUGCAAUUGAUUUAUCAUUAUAUUGGUUAACUAGAAAAGGGAUUUUUGGAGAGAAUAUGGGGUAUGCACUGGACAUUGCAUGGCUGGAAAAGAUAGAAGGCUUGGUGCUAUUGUGGAGAAUGUCUGGGUUCGGGGUUUCAGUGGUACUGGUCUCUAGAUCAAAAAGGAUAUUGUUGAACUUGUGCGCCAUAUGCCAUUUUCUACAUACAGUUCAAUAAUUGUCAACUUAUUGUGAGAGGAAUGGCACACUUAGCUAAACUACUUAUUAUCAUUUUAUUAAUUUUUUGUGAGAGAAGAACAAUUAUCACAAGUUGGGCUACAAUCCAAGAAACACUGUCCUAAGAUGUCCAAAGUAAAGGAUUCCUCUGAGUAUUUCUGUCAUCAGCUUCACUCACGUGAGGAAAAUUCUCUUUAUGCUGUGUAAGAAAAUGACUAUUUAAAAAGAAGAAUGUUUUAAAACAAUAAAGCCUGAGCUGCAUUACUCACUU